AUGUCCACGGAAUUAGAAGAAUUAGUGUCAUUUUUGCAUUCAGACCAGCCUGCCGUCAGACAGAUUGCUCUUGAUAAUCUGGUUGGCUUCUCAACUGGAGCAAGUGCUGUCAUUUUCAAAUGUAAUAAUUACAAAGCUAUAGAGGAUCUAAAAGUUCUAGCUAAAGAUAAGUCAAAAGUUAUCGUUCAACAAUCCACUACGAUUUUAGCGAAUUUAUGUGAUGAUGUUACUAUGAGAAAGUUGAUCGUCAAGGAUACUGAAUUCCUACAGUACUUAUCGUGGAAAAUCUGUGAUUUAGCUAACGCAAGUGCGGAUAUCAUGUGUAUUUUAUUGUCUAAUCUCGCCAAGGAAGACAAUAUUACCGAAUUGUUUUCGUUUGUUAAGAAGGAAGACGAUGGUAUUCCAUUAAACAUAGAAGUCUUUAAAAGCAACAAAGUAAUGGAUUGCUUAAUGGAUUGUUUUGUGAAGGGUUACGAUAGAAAGUUGAACAGAUAUGCCACUUAUGACUACUUAGCUUAUUUCUUUGCCGACAUUUCGAGAUUUAAGAUUGGUAGAGAGUAUUUCAUUGAACAGCAGGAGUAUGACGGCGUCAUCCCAAUUUCUAAACUAUUGGUAUUCACUGAAAAGUAUGAUGCUAAAACCAGAAGAGAAGGUGUGGCUUAUACCAUCAAGAAUUCGUUAUUUGAUUCCGAAAAGCAUGAAAACCUUUUGACUAAUGAGGAAAUCAAUCUUUUACCUUAUAUUCUUCUACCGAUUGCAUCAGCUAAAGACUCCGAAAUUGAUGAAGAAGAUAUGUUCAAUCUACCGGAUGAAUUGCAACUCUUACCUGCCGACAAAGAGAGAGAUCCUAUUCCUGAAAUCAUAUGUGUGCAUUUAGAAAGUAUUUUAUUGCUUUGUACCACUAAAGCCGGCAGAGAAUACUUAAGAUCGAAAUCAGUAUACCCAUUGGUCAGAGAGUUACAUAAAAAUAUUGGAAAUGACGAUAUCGGUGAAUUAUCUCAUAGAAUUGUUAACAUGUUGAUGAGAGGUGAGCCGGAGAAUCAAGUGAUAGAAGAAAUCGUGGCCAAAUCUGCGGAAGAUGGCGAAAUAGCCGAGAUAGAAGAAGAAGAAGAAGAAGAAGAGUCCGACGAUGAUGACGAUGCUAUCGUCGAAGUUUUAUAA